CGUUCGCGGCCUGGUUUUCUCUGAUUUUUUUUUCCCCAUCGUACAAAUAAUCUUGGGACGAUUCCCUCUCUCGUGCUUGGUCUGGACCUCGUUUCCCCGUGAGAAAUGGACGAGUUCGGUGUCUUGACGGAGCGGUACGGCUUGAAGCCCCAAGGGAAGUCGGCUCCGAUGGCCGAAUUGAAGCGUCCGGACGGGAUCGGCAGCGAUCGAGGCCGGAGCUCCGGUCAGAAUCGCGCUUCCGCCGAUCAAUCCUCCUCUUACGCCACCGCGUCUUCUUGGAAUUCCAGCUCCGGUAGCAAGGCUUUUGUGGAUGACUACAGCGAGUUCCUCCAAUCGAAUAGUGGUAGCAAGGGUCAAGGUUUCGGCAGUUUGGACGACUUCGGUGAUCUGUUUGGUGGAUCUCGUAAGCCCUCGAAACCGCCGGCUAGUAAUAGCGGCGUCGAUGAUUACGACUCGCUUUUCAAUUCGAGUGCGAGGUCUUCGUCUACCUACGAUAAUGACGAUAUAUUCGGCGGAAUGCCUGGCGUGAAGAGCUCGGCGUCUGUCGGUGGAGCUGGCGUCUUUGGUUCGUUUGCUUCUCCUCCAAGGCAGAGCUCCCCGGUUGACGAUUUAUUAGGUGGAUAUCAAAAUGAUGACCACGACGAUAUCUUUGGUGGUAUUGGCACGAAGUCCCGGAAGACUGAUAGCAAUGGAUCCGAGGCUGGGCAUGGUGCUGCGGAAUCUGAUGAUCUGAUACCUGGGUUUGGUGGAAGUAGUCCUCCAGCUGACAACCAGAGAAGGCAGUCCCAAAAGACCAAUGUUUAUUCAGCUGAGUCAAGCUCUAAUUUGUCAGAAGACCCUUUUGUAGUAUUAGAAUCGACUUCUAAGCCAGUGCAUGCUUCCUCGGAAAUGUUUUCGGAUCCAUUAGAAGAAAGCAGUCAGUUUGGUAAUUUCCAAAGGGCAAAUGAAGUUGGAGAUAAAGUGAAGAGCCCUAGUGUGUCAUCACUAGAUGAACUUGAAAACUUUGCUAUGGGCCAGGCGCAGGGAAAUACUGACACACAGUCAGAUUUCCUUUCUGUUGGAAAGAGAUCUGGGGCUGAGAAAAAGGCUAGAGGCCCUGGUGUGUCUUCAAUAGAUGAGCUUGAGGACUAUUUUAUGGAUAGGGUGCAAAGAAAUGCUGAUAUCCAGUCAGAUUUUCUGUCUGGUGGAAAGAGUUCUGGGCCUGAGAAAAAAGCUGGUGGAUAUUGUAAAAGGGGUCCAUAUGAAAAUAAGCACAAGGUUGCGGACGAUCUAGAAUCCUUCUUUAGUGCGGGUUUGCGGUCAAGCAGUGUACCUAAAUCUAGGCCAACGAGUUCGACGAAAAGCAAAGAAGUUCCCAAAACACCACCAAAGCCGACUUUUGAGGUCCGGUCCAGCAUGAAGAAGGCCUCCUCAGCAACGAAUUUCAUGGAUGACUUUUCUCUAAUGUUUGGAGCUGCAUCAUUUGCUGGAGAAUUUGAGGAAAUUGAAGGGGAAAGUGAAGAAAGAAGAAGGGCAAGACUGGGUCGUCAUGAGAGAACCCAGGAACGAGUGGCAAAAGCAGUUGCUGAGAUGAACCAACGGGACUCUCAAACUCUGCAGGAGCAAGAAGAGAGGCAUAGAAUUGCUGAGAAUCUUGAUAUGGAGAUAAAGCGCUGGGCUGCAGGGAAAGAGGGCAAUAUGCGUGCAUUAUUAUCAUCAUUACAGCAAGUGCUUUGGCCUGAAUCUGGGUGGGAACCAGUUUCACUAACUGAUUUGAUAACUUCUACCUCAGUCAAGCAAGUAUACAGAAAGGCUACAUUACGAGUACAUCCUGACAAGGUUCAACAGAAAGGGGCCAGUAUUCAGCAGAAAUACACGGCUGAAAAGGUUUUUGAUAUACUUAAGGUGAGAAAAUGCCUGGAAAAGGUUCCAUGUGUCAAUAUCACGAAUUGAAGCAUGGAAAAAGUUUGAAGCCGAAGAACUCCGAUAGGUUAGAGGUUGAAAUUGUAAAUUGCACGUCAGCAGUUUCUGGCUAUCAAAUUUCAGGCUGAGCUGCACCUGCCAUAUCUAUACUGCUUGAAAUGAAGGUGUUCAUGCCGCAGUUCCCGGAAGGGAAGGUACAGUAGAUGAUGAUGUAUAUUUGUUGUUUGUUGACAUGGCUUUUUUACGAGGUUUUCUGAUACUUGCCUCUCAAAUACACUGACCUCACACCAUUCUUGUGGAUAAUUAACCUUCUAUAUUCCUUCUCAUUGAUAUAUUUAUAUUGGUAGAUCAGCCGUAGCUCUUUGGCUUAUGGUAUGUCACUGUCAGAACAAGUGCUUA